UUCCUCCGCGCAGCGCGCCAUUGACUGGACCGAGCAACUUAUUUAAGGCUGGAAAGUGACACAGGGGCGCCUCAUCUGCGCCGGCCGCGCUCCGCCGGGCAGCCCGGCCGCACCGAGCCCAGCGCCGCGGCGCAGGAUGCCGCCCGGGUGACCGCCCCUCGCCCGGCCGCCGCCUCGCAGCUCUCCGGACAAGGAGCCGUGUCCCGCCGCUGCUCCGCCAGGACCGCGGGAAGGGGCUUUCUUUUGGGGUGCUUUUUGUGCUGCUGGAUUUGGGGAUUUUUUUUUUUUUUUUUCCCCCUUUUUGGCUUUUUAAUUUUUUUUUUUUUUCCACUCUUCUUCUUUCUCCCCUCCGGACUGCGUUUUCGCGGAGAGUUCAUCGCCCUCCCCGCCCCGCGCCGCCGGGCUCCGGCCGAGCAUGGAGAAGUACGAGGAGGACAUGGCACUGAAGGCCACCAAGUUCAUGGAGGACCUGUCCCUGUACGAGCCCUGCCCGGAGAGUCCGUACAGCCGGGGCGGCCGCCGGGACCUGGCGCUGCACCCCGACCUGGAGGAGACCAAGCGGGUCAUCGCCGCCCACAUGACGGCGGAGCAGCGGGGCCGGAAGAUGAACGGCACCGCCGCGCCGCCGCCGCCUGCUGAAGGCUUCCCCGCCGCCGCCCCCUGCGGCAAAGCCGCCCCGCUCCGCGCCAACGGCCGCGCCGCCGCCGAGCCGCCCCCGGGCGCGGGGCCGCCGUGCUGCGAGGAGGGGCUGUGCACCCGCUCCGAGGUGGCGCUGCCCUGCUACAGCGGCUUCGCCGACAAGGGCAAGCGCUACUCGGCCGAGGGCUACCGCUACGCCGCGGGCAGUGCCUACGAGGGCGGCUACGUGGCCAAGGGCGGCGGGCGGGCGCCCGGCGGCCCGGACGGCAAGUUCGGCGCCGCCAGCCCGCGGGCCAGCCUGGCCGCCGCCUCGCCGGGCCCCGCCGCCGAGCACGGCAAGUUCUCCAGCCCGCGCUCCAGCUUGGGCGGCGCGGUCGCGCUGCCCUACGAGAAGUUCUCCAGCCCCCGCUCCAGCCUGGUGGUGCCUGGGCAGGACAAGUACGGCAGCCCCCGCGCUAGCCUGGUGCAGUACGACGGAGCCGCCCUCAGCCCCCGCUCCAGCUACGCCAGCACGGCCAGCGACACCAGCAAACACUCCAGCCCCCGCGCCAGCCUCACCGGCUACGACGGCGGCGGCAGCAAGCCCAGCAGCAACCGCACCAGCGGCAUCAGCAUGGGCUACGACCAGCGCCACGCCAGCCCCCGCUCCAGCACCGCCAGCCAGUACUCCUGCACCGCCAGCCCCCGCUCCAGCUACUCGGACUCCAGGUACGGCCCGCCGGGCAGCGCCGAGCCCGAGGGGGCGGGCGGCGCCGGGCUCGCCCUCGCUAGCCCCCGCUCCAGCCUCUGCGGCCCCGAGGGCCGCGGCUCGGCCGGCCCCGCCGUGGUCAGCCCCCGCUCCAGCAUCUCCAGUCAGAGCUCGCGGAGCUCCCGCGGCUCCAUGAGCGCCUACCCCGAGCUGCAGCUGCCGUCGCCCCGCUCGUCCCUGCUGGGGCCCGGCCUGCAGGAGGACGGCGCCGUGCCCGAGCUGGGGGACGUGUACCACCGGAUCCAUGCCCAGUCCCCGCCGCGGCACGAGCAGCAGCACCCGGCCGGCGCCCCCGAGCCGCCGCCCCCCUACGCCUACAGCCCGACCAAAGGCUCUGCUUCGGCUCCAAAAUUCAAGCUCCCCUACCAAGUGACGCCGUGCCGGGAGAGCGGCCCCAGCCAGGCGGAGAGGCGGCUGGAGGCGCUGACGCUGGAGCUGGAGAAGGAGCUGGAGAUGCACAUGAAGAAGGAGUACUUCGGUAUUUGUAUAAAAUGUGGAAAAGGUGUGUAUGGAGCGAGCCAGGCUUGCCAAGCAAUGGGUAACCUCUAUCAUACCAACUGCUUCACGUGCUGCUCUUGUGGGAGAAGACUACGAGGAAAAGCAUUCUACAAUGUCAAUGGCAAGGUGUACUGUGAAGAAGACUUCCUAUAUUCAGGUUUUCAGCAAACAGCAGACAAGUGCUUUGUUUGUGGACACCUCAUAAUGGAAAUGAUCUUACAGGCCCUUGGAAAGUCCUACCAUCCUGGCUGCUUCCGCUGUGUGGUCUGUAACGAGUGUUUGGAUGGAGUCCCCUUCACUGUAGAUGUGGAGAACAAUAUUUACUGUGUCAAAGACUACCAUACGGUUUUUGCACCAAAAUGUGCUUCCUGUAACCAGCCGAUCCUCCCAGCACAGGGCUCCGAGGAGACCAUCCGGGUGGUGUCGAUGGACAAGGACUACCACGUGGAGUGCUACCACUGCGAGGACUGUGGCUUGCAGCUCAAUGAUGAAGAAGGCCAUCGUUGUUACCCCCUAGAGGGCCACUUGCUCUGCCACAGCUGUCAUAUCAGGCGCCUUAAUAUCAAACUGCCAUCACAUCCACCUCCAAGCUACCCCAUGCAUGUCACAGAACUCUGAAAGAUAUUUUCAUGAUCAAUAAGUAGUUUGAAAGAGAAGACAAAAAUCUAAAAAUUACUUCCGUGUUCCUUUAAAGAUGAGGUUCCAGUAACAACCAUCUAAACCACCUAUUUAUUUUUUGAAUCAGAGGUGAGGGGUCCUUUUCUGAUCUUGUACAUAUGCAUUCUUUUAUCUAGACAUUUUCACUGAGACACCAUCUACUUGAACAAAUAAUUCACCACUAAACUGUAACUGUAAAUGGCAGCAUUUCUAAAAACAAUGGUACAAAGGGCUGUUCUGCACUUCCUACUCACUUCCUUUAGUGGAGAUUUCACCCAAGUAAGGAGUGUAGAAUUACUUUCCAAAAGUUAGCACCUUAUCAUAUUGCAACAAGCAUGAUAAGAUAAAUGCUAGCAUUUUAGCUAGUUUUGUUGAAUUCUGGUCUUAGAGAAUACUUAGAUUCCAGAAGUAGGGAAUAGGCAGCAAGCAGGUGUUUUAGCCAGGGCAGUUUUCAGCGAGCUUAAAAAGAAGGGUGUUCUGUGAAGAAGCGUCACGCCAGCUCUCCCUCCUACAGGAUCCCACAGUCAUCCAAAGACUAAUUAUUUAGCUUGUUCAAGAAAUAUGGCAAGCGUUUGAUGUAAAACCCACGGUACAGAAGAUUGUAUCCAAGAGAUUGGCACGUGCAGGGUCAGCAGUUGCAGCCCUCUGUAACUGCUGGGUGUGUAGCCGUGGCUUCAAAAUGCAUUCCUAUCAACUGGACCAUUUGGCACUUACUAAAGAAUUCAUCUUUCAAACCUGUUUUUUGUUUAAUAGGGGUCUAUGCAAAGGUACACUUGUCUUUAUACUGCUUGUUGUAUCCAAGACUUCAUUUGUUACCAACUGCUUUAUGAUUGUAUGUUGAGACAUUAUUAAAGAGAGGCACAGUGGUUUGGUAUUACCUUUUCAGCUUUGUGUUCUUUUCGAGGUUACUUUUGAACUGAUUAUGGUGGUUGUCUUCAUUGGAAAACAAAGUGCAGUUUAGCAGGAACAGUAAUUUAGAGAGUCAGACCAUUGAAACAUCAGUAUUUACAAGUAUUAGCUGUACAUAGAAUGUACAUGCUUUCAUGUUUUGCAUAAGUUUUUACAGUACCCUCAGACCUCUGGGGAGAAAUAUAUGUCUUCCAUAUAGGAAGUUAGAUGAAUCUUUUUAUGGUUUGUUUUCUACCAUGUGCUGAUGUUUUACAUGCAAAUCACACAUCUGUAUGUCAAAAAAAUUCCUUGCACUCUCAUGAGAAUUGACCCAGCCUUCCUGAAGCUGCAAUUUAUCAUUGCUGUCUUUAACUGUAUUCAAAGUUACAAUAAAAUAAAAUUCUUCAGCUCCAGAGAAAGUAGAAAUACCAGACCGACUUCUUGGCAUGUGUAAACUGGGACAUUUCCAUGCCAGUUCUCAGCACUUGAGAAUCUGCCCGAUCCAUUCGGAAAUGAUCCCGUGUUAAAUUCAGCAUGCAGACUGAUGGAAUGACUUAUUUGGCAACACCAUUGCAGUUUAGUUUCUUAUGCUCCAUUGACUUUUUGAAAGCCAUUUGUGGUGCUCUUGAAAAGCACAAAGAGCAUCCAAUGGCCACUAAUUCGUAAGUGGAAUAAUUAACUCCCUUAACAGAACUUUUUGAUAGUCUGGAAUUUCAUUAUGGGGAAAGGUGGGGGGGUGGGAGAACAGGAAAAAUUCCUGAGAACUAUUUUUUUCUGUUAGUAAGGAACAAAAGGGACGCUUCCUGAGCUUCUGCCAGACUUCCAUUGGCCUAGAUUAACCUGUCGUACUGAAUGCUCCUGGGCAAAGUAAUUUUGUAGUUAAUAUAUAUCAGGUUAUAAUUAACAUUUUUAGUGUGAAUACCAGGAUUUGAAGGAACUACAGUGCAAUCAGUGCCCCAUUUCUACACUGUGGUCCAGGAGGCCUGGCCUGAAAAUAAGAGGCUGGGAGUGCACAUGCACUUCUGCAUUUGCAGACUCUCCCUCUGUGUCCAUAGUCAGCAGUCCAGCCUCAGGAGGAAGUGGAACUACAUGUGCCAGCAAAUUUUGGAGAAAGGGGAAAAAAAGUCUUAAACUGGCUUGUAUGACUAGGUCGAUUCCUUUAGGUUAUUACAAACAUGGAAGGUGCCAGAGCUUCAGGAUAAACUUUUAGCAUCAGCUGCAGUGGAAUGCUUUUUCCAUUGCAGGAGGGUGCUUUGGAACACAUUUUGGUUUGAGGCAUUUUCACUUGCAUGUAUUUACAAUAUAUGUUGAGGGCCCCAAAUUAAGAAAAGAUCAUUAAAAUACACAGAGAAGGUUUGGGUCUGUUCCUGGGAACAAAUAACAGUUACUUGCUGAACUGGAAAAAUGCUUUGCUCUACCAGUGGAGAAGCAAAACCUUGACACUGACAGUGGACAGAGCUGGAGGUGACUUACUCUGGCAUUCAGCCCAGUCCUCUGCUAGCACCUUCCUGAACACUUUGCCUCUAUCAGGGGCAGGUUUAAGUUUCCAACAUACUUCCAAGGGACAGCACACUUUCAAACGUACAUACCAAACCUUUUCUUCUUUUUUUUGAAAAUGAUCAUCCUGUAGAACAGAAUAAUAUUUAAUUUCAUUUCACGUGCUGAUUUUUCAGUCUCUUGUAGUUCUGUGCAGUUCUGAUCUAUUAAGUGUCAUCAUGGCAAAAAUUCUGAAAGGUAGUAUGUCAAUAUAGAAUAAGCAAUUUGUUUAAAACCAGAAAGCAGCAGUUGUUGUUCUAGUAUUUUCUAUAGACAGAUGCAUUCCAUUACUGUAUUACGAAGUACAGCUUUGCUUUUCCAGCAUUUACUAUAAAAACUGGGGCUUGAGUGAAAUUUGCCAGGCUGGGUUGGGUUUUUUUCCAAAUCAAAGAGAAAAAUAAAAUCAAAAUAAUUAUGUGCUGUACUCUAGUGCUAGUGACAGUUUCUGUGCAUUUUACCUCCUGCCUGGGCAAUUAUGUAAAUGAGAAAUCUUGUUUUAAUUAUUUUCUUCUGGAAUAUUCUUAUGUUAAAUCAGUUCAACACCGAUGAAAACUUCCUAAGUUCAUCUUACAGUGCAAUUGUUCUUCCGAAGCCUUUACUGUACUUUCAGAAUAUUUCCAUCAAGUUACAUCAGUUCUCAUUUGCAUCAGGCCUACACCUUGCUGUGCAGGCAGGGAAUCUCCCCAAGCCCCUCCAGCACAAGCUGCUGUGGGCGGUGCAGGAUCCCUCACCCACGGGAGGAUGUGUUCCAAAGAAAGGACCAAAAUAAUCAUUUGAAAACAAAAGAAUGCACUCAGAGAAUUGAGCUUACAGAGAGGGUUUGUUUGGGUUUCUUUCCUUUUCCUUUCACGUGUGUGCACGUGCGUGUAUAUAUUUUGUAAGGUGGAGCUUCAGAAGGAAAACAUGGUUAGAGGAGCUCUUUAAGACCAGAAAUUCCAGAGUAGUAAAGUAAACCAAAGCUCUAAAGGAGACAAAAGCUGCUUUCUUGUGUUUCAAGAAAAGUUUAAAAGUUUGUGAUUCAUCCUGUAACUAAUGCCGUAACUAGAGUAUAUAAUUUGACUUAAAUUAAGUUUUCAUUUGAGAAAUAUUUUCAUUUUCUUUAAAAGAAUAUAGUUUUCUUCCAAGAACUUGGACCAACGUUGAUUUUUGUUUUGUAGGAAAUAUAUGAAUUCCCAGUUUGUAUAUCAUGUAACUAGUUUACAUGCUGAAAAUAUACAUUAGUUAACUAUUUUUGUGUAUAUAUAUCCUUGUAAAACCUUUCAAUGUGCUUCUGUCUUUUAGUCUUUAGAAUUACUUGUGGUUUUGUGUUUCAGUGUUUGAUUCCCUUGAUUGUUGAAGAAAAAAAUUGGGAAUGUAGAUUUAUUUAUCUAAAGAAGAAGCUACUUGCUAUCUUCUUAAGUUAUUUAAUAUUAAAGUCAGAAGUUUCAUUUAACCUUAGAUGCUAUAAUCUGCUUUUUUCAAUAAAGACAUUUUGUAGUUA